AUGUGCCGCUUGCGUCUUCUGCUCUUUUCCCUGGGGACACCUUCACAGCAGUGGGCAAAUGAGAGCACGCUGAUGCGGGAAGGGACCUUGGAGUAGAUUAAAAUGUCUGCGACACAUAGCUCUCCCCUGCCAAACAAAACCAUCCUCUUCACAGUGAGCUCUGAAACUCUGGACCCGGUUAAAGCGAACUGGCAAAUCAACUUGGCUCUUUUCUGUCUGUCUUUCGCCAUUGCCACAGUCACCUGCGCCGGGGGAUUGUACUCACUCCUGUCUGUGUUUAGAAUGAGGAGCAAAACCUCGUUAUGUGUAAUAGUGGCUUCCCUGUCUAUAGACGACCUCAUCAGCGUCGUACCACUGUCUUUAUUCAUGUUCUUGCAAUGGUGGAACGACGACGCUGGACAGUCUCGUACUAUAUGUACUUUGUCAGGACUGCUCUAUGUUUUUCAAGGACUGUCAAGCAACAUGAAGGCGUGCCUUAUCGUUGCAUAUACUUUCUAUGUGACAAAGCGUUUUGGAGUGUACCAGACCACCAGUCGACCUCUGAUGGUGUUAUGGGCAGUGGCUGCGGUGUGGUUGGUUAGUUUGAUUGUCAGCAUAUUACCUUUGUGCGGCUGGGGCCGCUUCGUUCCUGCAUCUUUGGGCUGUCUCCCAGAGAGUGAUAGUUUUUAUGUAUUGCUUCUUUUCGCGAUCUACUCAGUGUGUUUUUGUGGCCUCUUGUUUUUCUCGGUCCCUCUCACUUACCAGUUGUUGUGCUUAACAGAAAAUAAGAUGUUUUACCCUAGUUAUUUUGAAAUCGCCAGGACGCUAAGCGCUGACGUGUCGGCGACUCUAUGUGAAAUCCCGUCUCAGUCUAGAGAUAGCUUGGAGAAAAGUUUCGGGGCUUAUUCGGAAUUUGAUUCUGAUCCUGGAUUAUCAAAGAGCAAAACAGACACACAUUCACACUCGCCUCCAGCCACUGAUCGUUCACUGAAGAAUACCCGAAACGUACAACACUCUCCAACGUUCUUUGCACAGAAACGUUUCUCGAUGAUUCUGGCGAUGGCUCGCAUUGUUCUAUGGAUGCCGAUGAUGACCCAAAUUCUUGUGAGCCAUGCUGUUCGGCUGCACAGUUCAUCUUUAGAGACCCUGAGUUUCUUCCUGACCCUUCUUUCUGCUCUGGUCACACCAGUAUUUGUACUGUCAAAGCACUGGAUACAUCUUCCAUGUGGCUGCUUCAUCAACUGCCACCAAGGGCCAGCCUCAGGUCCUUCUUCUGGGAAUAAAAGGAGAUUUGAAUUUAACCUCUCCUUCCAGCAUGGUUAUGGCAUCUACAAAAUCUCUCAUGCCAAAUCGCCCUCCAUCAUGAAACCUUCAUACAAUAGUUUGUACAACUGUGAUUUCUCAGAGAGCAGAGUUGCAGCACUGGAUAGAAAUCCGACUGGAGGCCUCACUAUGCAAGAGUUCAGAAACACUGAUAUGGAGGAUAGCUCCUUCCAUGGCCAGCCUCUCUUGGAGGUUGUCUCACAAGAGACAACAACAGUUGGCCAGCCUGCAGGCUCUGACAAUGUAGAUGGCUACUGCAGUGUCUCAUCCUUUGUGCCAGCCUGUGACCGAGAGGACACCUCCUCUGUAUUUGAUGGGCAAGAGAGAAGGCUUUCUCAUGAGGAGUGUCGCAAAAUUGAACUUUCGGACUGGGAGUGGUGCCGCAGUAAAUCAGAGAGAACUCCAAGACAGAAAUCCACAGGAGGGCUUGCCAUUCCUCUUUGUGCCUUCCAAGGAACUGUCUCCCUCCAUGCCCCCACAGGCAAAACACUUUCCCUCUCUACCUAUGAGGUUAGCAGUGAUGGCCUCAAGUUGUCUCCCAAUGGCAAGAAAGUAGAAGUGUACCGCUCUAAAUCUGUAGGUCAUGAGCCUGAAGAGGCGCAGUCAGGUGAUGGUUGUGGUGGUAGUGUUGGAGAUGGCAUAAUUAGUGGACUGGUGGUGGAGCCAGGAGGAGUGUCUGAUACCAACGUGAAAAUCCACCUGGAGGUGUUGGAGAUUUGUGACAAUGAAGAGGCCAUGGACAGUGUCUCCAUUGUUUCUAACAUUAGUCAGUCUUCAGCACAUGCUCGCUCACCCUCCCUACGGUACUCACGCCGGGAGAACCGUUUUGUGUCAUGUGACUUGGGCGAGACAGCCUCUUAUUCUCUCCUCAUCCCCACCAGCAACCCAGAUACUGACAACAUCAAUAUCCACAUACCUGACACAGUGGAGGCACAUCGGCAGAACAGUCAACGACAGCAUCAAGAAAGUGGUGGUUACCAAGAGGAGAUUCAGCUUCUGAAUGAGGCAUACAGAAGGCAAACAGCAGACCAAGACAGCUGA